CCCUCAAACGACGUCGCUUUGGCUUAAAAUUUUAAAUCUCUGAUUUGGGAAAACAACUGAACUCACACAUCGAUUGGUAUUUGGGGUGUGUGUGGUCGUAAAAUUCAGAACAGACGAGGAGAUGGGAGCGGAUUCGGAGCAUGAAAAGGACGAUUAAGAGCAUUUGGCUGAAAGAAUCGAGACACUAGGGCAUAAAUCGAUCGCACAUAGAUUCUCGAUUACCCUAUGUUGAUGUGUGGUCACGGGAACACAAAAAAGGAGGAAGGUAGUCGCUGAUGGAGGUGGCGCUGACCACUAGAGAGGGUAGCUGCGACAUCAAGCUGGAGGUUGCCGGAGAAAGGUUUCCCAAUCAGGUUAAUGCGACAGUGCUGCAGUAUCAAAAUCAGAAACUUGUCCAGCAGUUAAACGUCCAGAAGCAGCAAUUACAUGAUCUAGAAGAUAAAAUUAAAGAAUUAAGAUAUGAGCAAACUUCUUAUGAUGACUUUUUUUUUUUAUCAAAAUCAACCAACUAUGGCCACAGAUCUACAGGUUGCCUGGGAAAGUUUGUGCUAUGCCACCGCUACAUUACACAUACAAAAGGAAGGGUAAAAAGGGAAAAACAAUCAAUAGAAGAUGAUGAUGCAAGUGAGGAGAAGUAUCAACCGGAUGUUAAAAGAAGUCUGUUGAAUUGAACUCAGAUUUGGGUUGAGGGAGACAACAAGAAAGUUAGAUCAGUUGAGAGAAAGUUAGAACAGUUGAGAGAAUUUGAUUGUAUUUACUUCUAUUUAACAUCAUUAUACUUUUAUAAAUG